AUGGCCCUGCCUCCCCGCCCUCCUGAGCCCAGCAGGGUUCGGCGGCAGCAUCUCGACUUCAGGGAUGGUGACGAGCAAGACGAGCCGGGACCCUUGGACGUGUUCACGGUUGGAUCGGAGGAACCGCUCGCGUACGUCGACAUGGGCGAUGUUUUCAUCAACGACAAGGCCGUGCUGCGAGAGGUGGAGGUGCUGAGCAGGCGGAGUUACACCCUCAAGGUUUCCAUGGCUUGGGAGCAGGCGGCGACAACGACGGCAUCGGUUUUGGCGUCGUUAGAGUUUCAGUUGGAGAACGCGAACCUCCUGGCGCUGCGGGAAGCCGCGCUAGACUCGACCUCGGCCCCGCCGUACUUCAACGAGCUCCUCAACCACGCGUGCACGGUGGGCGACUACCUCCUGCGACCGGGGAGACGACAGCCCCUCGUGCUCGUGUUCUUUCCGUGUCUGCAGGACCCGGCAGAAGCAGCGAUGAACUUCAUGAGGCUGCACGGGGUGGUCAGGUUCUCGGCGCGACGAGCGACCGCGGCGGAACUCGAGGCCGAAGGCUUUCCUCCCGAGUUUCCGGUGGCUGAGGGGAGGGAUGCCGGUGCCGAUGCCCCUAGCGAUUCAGCAGCCGAGGACGCAGCCCAAACAAUCCCGCUGACGUUUCGACUGGUGCCUUCGGUUUGGCUGUCGGCCGAAGCGGGAGUGCUCUCCUGCUCCGACUACGACACAGGGGCUCCCUUGCCAACCAGCAGCGCCGGCCGGACUAUCGGGGCCUACGCGCACCUUCGAGUGCGCGUGGCUUUCCGGCCACGAGAGGUAGGGGAGCGGGACUACCGAAUUUUCGUGGAGAACCUGAACAACGUUGCGGACACGCUCGCCGUGGACAUCCUGACCUCGGUCGUGUCCGAGGACCACCGGGAGGGUCUGCGGAUAGAGACGGACAAGGACGGUCUGCUCGAAGGCGGAAGCGUCCUCCACUUCGACAAGUGCUACACGGGCAUGCCGGUGUGGCGGAAGCUGCGGGUGAAGAACACGACGGUCCACGCCAUGGACGUCAGCCUCGGCUCCGACAGACCCGGCGAGGUUGUGUUCGAGCUAGAGAUGGACAAGGCGUCGUCGCUGCGCGCCCACCACCGUCGCCAAAGCAUGGGCUGCAGCGAGGACGAGUCUUACGCCGCCGCCGCUCCAAGACGCGGACACCGCCGAAAACGCUCAGUUGGCGGCGGGGUCGGAAAAGGCGGCGGCGGCGGCGGUGACAGACGGUCUACCAGGAACGGCAGGACCGGUCGCAGCACUCCGGACGGCGGCAGCGAUUCCGGGCGCUCUGGCGUGGAGGCCGGUGCCGACGACGGCGGCGGAGCGGCGGCGGCGGCGGCGGCGGCCCACCGCAUAGGCAGUGGCAGCGGCGGCGGCGCCGGCGGGGGAGGGGCCCACGGGUUUAGGUUUAGGCGAGGCCACCGUAGGGGCGGCAGGUCCAACAUCGGCGGCGGUGGUGGCGACGACUAUGACGAGGACGGAGAGGAAGAACAGGAGGAAGAAGACGCUGCUGACUACCGCGGGGGCGCCGGCGCCGGCGCCGCCGGCCUCGAGCCCACCUCCCCUUCUGAAGACGGCGGUGGAGUUUCAGCAGCCACGGCGCGGGCCCGUUCCUCGCGUAGAGGGAGUGGCGGUGGCGGCGGUGGCGGCGGCAGCGGCGGGGACUCCGGCGGCGGUCUUCUCAGACACGGGAGCGGCCGGAGGCCGCUGGGCGGGGUAGGGGACUGGGGGUCGUACGCCGAGGGGCGGCGAGGGUGCCGCAGCACCUACGGUAACGACGAGGACGACGAUGAGGACGACGACGAGGACGAGAUGGACGUGUCCAAAUACAGGCGCACCGCCUGGCGCAAGCGCCGCCAAAGUCACAAUCUUCAUUUCGGCGGGGGCGGAGGCGGAGGUGGAGGCGGAGGCGGCGACCUGUGCGCCUAUCAUGGCGGCGGUGUAAAUAGCAAGGUUGGCGCCGGCAAUAGCAGCGGCGGGUUAGGAGGAGGCAGGGGGGAAGGCGACGACGGGAAGGCCGCGGGAGAUUCAUUUUUUAGAGGAGGGGGGGAUUGUCGGGUUUGCGCGGAGGCUUCAGGUCGAGCGUGGAGGAAGGGGACAGCCGGAUGGAGAGACGAGCGGAGCAGCAUCGCAGCCGGGCGAGGGUACGCCGCCGGGCAGCGGGCCAACAACUACAUCGAGGAGCUGUCGCUGGGUCCCGGCGUGGAGCGAACCCUCCGCGUGAGGUAUUGCCCCGCCUCGCCGGCCGCUGUGGCCGGGGGAGCGGUGGGGGGUCCGGACGAGGAUGACGACGAAACGGCGACGGGGGUGUGUGCCAAGAACGCGUCCGCACCCGCCAAGUCUUCGCCAGCAGCAGCUGGCGCUAGCAGCGGUGCCGCCACCCCGUUGAAGAGGACGGUGUCGUCCCAGGAGAGAGGGUGUGCGAGGAUGGCGAGGAACGCGGACGAUGCCCACGGCACCAAGCUCACGAAGCAGGCCUUCAAGCUGUUCUUCGCGUGCCAGGAGCCUCGAGGGCAGUGGGACGACGCGCUGCUAGGGGGAGACGCGGUGGAUGUCGAGGGCUUCGCGCACUCGCGGGGGAUGUUGCGGCGAAAGCCCAGCGUGGGGUCGGACGUCCGGCAGUUCUCCAAGAACAUCGCGGGACGAGCCAUGGUGUGCACCUCGGUGCUGUCGGUGGUGCCUCGAGAGAUCUCGUUCGGGAACUGCAACAUCGGCGAGUACAAGAGCCAGAGCUUGGAGAUAUCGAACCUCAGCGACAUGCCGACCGUCGCAAUCGCCCGUGUCGAGUCCAAGGCGGUUAGCUGCAAGCCGGCCAGGCUCGAUAUCCCCGCGCACGGCACGGCCGAGAUGAAGGUCGAGUACGUGCCGCGCAAGAUCAACUACAAGUACCGGAAGACGGUGACGGUGAUGAACGCCCACAACCCCCACGGCCACGCGGACGUGGAGAUCGCAGCGAGCAACACGGACACCCACCACGUGCUCUACCACUCGCACUUUUACAAGGUGUUCGUCAAGAACCGCAUGCGGCAGCAGCAGGUGUACUUCAACCACACCGUGACCGGAUGCCCGGAGCUGCGCACCUUCGACGUCCAGAAUGUGUGGAACCUCCCGCUGCUGUUCGAGAUAGGGGCCGACACCCCCGAGAUUCAGCUGUACGAGAUGGUUGGCGUUUCCCUGCCGUACGCGGGUAAGGCGGUGGUGUCAGGGGUCUCGAGACACGCCGGUCCUAGAAGUCGCGGCAGCAGCGACGGCCGCGGCAGAGCGGCGCCGUCGACCGCCUCGGGACGCGAUCACUUCAUGAAAGCGCUGGCCUGGGAUGGCCCGGCCGAAGACGCGCGAGAGCGAGGUCGCUACGCUAGGUUCAAGUCGGUCCGGGAGUCUCGUCACAUGCACGGACCUAUACGUGGAAUGGAUCUCGAGAUGCCACCCGGUAUGACCCGCAAGUACCGCACCUCUAGCGGCCCUUUGAACGGCGGCGGCGCUGCCCUGCUCACGGAUAGCAGCCUCGAGCGGGGCGCGAAGGACGCGGGGAAGGGUGAUGGAAGAAUAGCAGUCGGCGGUGGCGGCACGGACGGCGGCAGAGGCGUCUCGGCGGGAGUCGGGGGGCUGCAGGCGCAAGGCGUGGUCGGCUGGAAGACCGGCGCAGCGGCCCAAGCGCUGCCCGCGGGCACGGACGAGUGGACGCUGGAGCAGUUGGCCGAAAGCUUCGAGGGCGAUCGUCUGGGGAGACUUUUGCGCGCGGGCGAUGGUGGAGGAGAGGGCCAGGGCGCGGGCGGCGGGGGGCUGAGGUCGAAGUCUGGCCGGGGCGGGGCGGCGGCGGGCGUGAGCUUGAUGAAGGAGAGGGUGUUGCAGCUGAGGAAUGCCAUCGCGCGGGAGAAGCUUAAGCCGCUGGGCAACCGUCUCGUUCAGGUACCCGCGGGAAAACGCACCCGGAUUGCCGUGGUUCUGACCCUGGCCAGCACGGGAAGUCAGGAGGAGCUUCAACGAGAACGCACGGUCGAGAGACAUAUCCAGGUCGGGGAAUAUGCAACAAAAACGGUGGAGCUGACGAACCGCUCGCCGGCCCCACUGUUCUACAGCAUCAGCAAGAGCAGGAGCAUCAGCUCUGGGUUUCUCAAGAUACCGCAGGGCAACGGCAACGGGGUGAUCCCUGCCCACCGUUCCAAGGCCGUGGAGUUCGCGUUUUGCCCCAGUCUCGCGGGCACGUUCGCGGAGUCGCUGUCGGUGACCAACGUCCUGGCCGAGAGCAACACGCAGGUGAUCACGAUCAAGGCCAAGGUGUACAAGCCGGAGACGUUCGCCCUCGUCGACCCGCCGGAGGUGAUGCGGCUCGAGCCUUGCCUCGUCGGGGAGCCGCUGUCGGCACGACCCCCCGGAGAAGCGAGAGUGUUGCUUCGAAACACUACCGCUCGAAGAAGGCUCUUCGUUAUUGAGGGAAUCGAUGCCUUCUCCGCGGCAAGAUCGGCGGCCCCAGGCCGCGACAGCACCGAGUCUUCGGCUAGUGCUGCCGCCGCCGCCGCCGCAGCGGCGGCAGCAGCAGUGGCAGCCGCAGCAGCCUCUACGGCCAGCACGGCAAGCUUGGCGGCGUUGACGGAGGCGGUGCUGCCGGCUGGCGAGGGGUUGGACACCUCGUCGGCGACAACCGGCGGGGGCGGGGGCGAGGGGGAGUCUGCUAAGUCGAGGCCGUUCAGCCCGCGGUCGGACUUCAUGGCCUCUCGCGUCAGGCUGUGCAGCGCGGGGUCUGACGUGACCAUCGGGACCGACGCGAGCCGUAACCUCCACGACUCGGGAUCGACGUCCACGACGGCAGUGCUCACCAACUUUGCCGAGGUCACCGCGUGCACCGCGAACUUCUGCUUCAAGCUGGACGCCGUUUCCGCCCCCGGCAUCCCCGAGGUGGAGCGUCAACGCAUGGAGGAAAAACUGGAGCGCUAUCAGUUCAAGCUUCGCAUCGCGGAGCGCAAAGGGCGAGAGACCAAGGUGGCCAAGAUGCACAAGAAGAUAGACCGGAUGCGGCGGCAGCUGGCCGGCGAGACUCUCGGGAGCGGGGACGAAGGGGAGGAGACCGGCAUGAGCGAGAGCGAGUCCGACAGCGACGCCGAGCUGCAGCUGCGCCAGCGGACUGGCGCAGGUUGGGGGGCCGACGGAGGAGGAGGGGGAGGCGGCGUCGGCGGCGGGGGCGGCGGCGGCAUCCGGAGGACGGCCGGCGGCGGCGGCGUCGGGAGGCUGGAGCUGAGCCUGGACGGCGACAGCGAGGUGGCGGUGGGGAUUGCGGUUUCCUUCACCCCCGGAGCCUCCUUCCAGGGGUGGGAGGGAGGCCACCUGUUUCGCGGGAUUAUUCGUCUCUACGAGUCGCGGAACGAGGACGUCGUGAAGGAGCUGCCAUGCUUCGCCCAGGUUUACAGCAGCGCUCUGGCUUACCAGGCGGCCGUCGUGCCCCCCGGCAGCCCAUCCUUGGUGGACGAGACCGAAGAGCUGGAGGUGCUCUCCCCGCUCAUGCAGCACCAACCUCCCCCCCCACCGCUACCGCAGCCACAGCUCCAGGUGAUGUCAACCGAAGCGUCGAGGGGGCGCAAGACAGUGCCGAGGGGCGGGGUGCUGCUGCUGCCCCCUCGCUCGCCCUCGGGCGGGCCUUCCUCGGCGGCUACCAACGCCGCCGCCAACGCCGCCAUCGGCGGCGGGCCCUUACACGGGUUUCCGGUUUCUGCCCCCAAUCCUGUCUUUGCCGGUAAUGGGGGCGGGGCGGUGGCGUCGCUUGAUCCGGCGGGGGGAGGAAGUCGGGGGAGCGGCGGCGGCGGAGGGUCACCGCGCGCGUCUCCGCGGGGUGGGAAGGGGCUCCCGGAGCUCUCUCGGCAGACGAUGCGGGUGUUGAGCGGCGAGAGAGGGGACCAGCAAAUCCACCACCCGUACAGGCCACCGCCGCCGCUGCCGCCGCCGCCGCCCGACGACCUUCCCUCGGAGGACGCGGCCGGCAACGGCGGGGAAGGCGGCGGCGGCGGCUUGCUCGCCCCCGUCCCAUGGCGGCCUGACCGCUCGCCUUCCCCUCCCCUGGACGUAGGCUCGCUGGAGGGAUUCCAGACCGCCGCUGGUGGGCAUCACGCCGCAUUUCCGACGAGACGGCCGGGGGGUCGCUCCCCUUCCCCGAGCUCCGGCCUGGUGCGCCGGGCUUCCUUUCCCGCGAGCGUUCGGUCGUGGAGUUUUAUGGACCACCGGGGGGGCGACCGCGCUGGCCGUAGCAGCAGGAGUAGAAGUCCGGGCAGUCCUAGCUCAGUCGGGGGUCGCGCACUGGACGACGCCCACGAUCAGCAGGCCGCCCGCAGCGGCGGCAGCGGCGCCUUAGCGCGGAGGUGCUCCACGCCUCCGUCCGCCAGGUCGGGCUUCUCCGCCGCCGGGGCGGCGACAAGCGAGGACCUUAACGCCGCGGACGCGGCGGCGAGCGAACCCCCGCUAUUCGCGACCGUCGCCCAGUUCUGCACGCUCGGGGUAGCCGAGGAGAGCAGCGCCGCGCAAGCUGCCACCGGCGAGACCGAUGCAGCGGAUGCUCCGCAGUCUGCGGUGGUGGCGGAGGAGGAGACUGUUGGAGGGGGGGGCGGCGCGGUCACGCCCGCUAUGUUGCCUCUGCUUUUCCCGAGCGUCGGCGGCGGCGGCGGCGGGAGUAGUGCCGUUUCGGAGGGAGUUAAGAUGGUGCUCAGCAGCGCCGACCGGGAAGGCGAGGGAGGGGCCACGCAGACCGGGAUGUUUUCGCUCCAUUCGGUGGCGUCUCAGGACAUCAUCGUCAAGGUGAGCUGGGACGACGAAUCCGCGCGGCGUCUCGGGGUCCUGCCGCCGGCGCCGGCGCCGGCGCCGGCCUUCCUGUUUCGCGCCGAGUCGCCGGCCAACGGCGUGCAGACGGCGGCGGCCUCGCCCCCGGCGGGGGUGCUCGCCGCCGUCCUCCACGCCGGUAGCACUCUCGACGUGAGCGUCAAGCUCGACGGCACUGUGUCGGUUCCGGUGGGCCGGUGGUGCGUUGGCGCGGUCGUGGUGACCGUUAUCGACCAGCACCACCAGCCAUUUAACGACGGCAGCGUGGCGCAUGGACCUGGCGGCGGCGGCGGCGGCAACGGGGGGGCAGGGGCAGGGGGCCACAAGCUCUUCGUCCCUAUCGUGUUGGAGGCGCUCCCGGACAGCUGUCUCGGGGUGGCGCGGAAGCUGGAUCUCGGCACGGUGGCGCUGGAUUCGAUUACCUCUUCGAGUUUCGAGGUGACCAACCUCUCCUCCGGGCCCACUCCCUUUAGUUUUGUCGUGAUGGUGGUGGCCUCUAAGUCUCCCACGAACAGCCUGCUGCUGACUAACCAGCAGACGGGCACCGUGCAGCCGGGAGAGUCCGUGGAAGUCUCGUUCUCUUUCCACGCGACGUCGAUCGGGCGCUGGACGCACGACCUGGCCGUCCGUAACCUUGGCAACAAGCACGAUCAGGCAAAGGUGACAGUCUCGGCCACCGUCAAGCCGCGAAUGUAUCUACACUUUCCAGACCUCGACCCCAACGCUAAGGGCAAGCCCGAAAAGCUCCAGAUCGGUUUCUGCUACAUGCCUGGCCUGGUCUCCACCGGCGGUGGUGCCGCCGCCGCUGCCGCUCAUAGCCAACCACAGCUUGGGGUCUUAUCAGGCGUGGGCAAAAACGCGGCGGCGGCUUCAGCGGCUGCGGCUGCUGUGACUGCGGCGGCGGCGGAGGCCGACCGCGAGUCGGAGAUCGUGCGGCCCCUGCGAGUGCGCAACGUGAGCGACCGCGCGCUGUACCUGACGUGCACGCCCAACCUCAGGAAGCAGUGCUUCGUCUACUCGGAGAUACCCUCGGCGGAGACCUCGUCUUCCUCUUCGUCGUUGUUGUCCGAGAGCCAAGCUCCUAAAGAAGGAGGCGGACAAGUGGGUCCGCCCGGUGGCGAGGAUGGCGGAGGCGUCCCCGGCGGCGGCGGCGGCGGCGGCGGCGGGAGCGAUUGGUUGUCGGCGGUGCCGAACCGCCCCCAGGUGGCGGAUCUGCCGCUGCUGCCCCAGUCGGAGACGACGCUGUAUGUCGGCCUGCGACCGGUGCUGCCGCCGGAGGCUUACACGGCGGGGGACUGCCGAGAGCUGGUAGGGGGGGUGCGAAUACUCGGCCACAGCCGCACCCUCGCUGAGGCGGCCGGGGACGGCGAGAGAGAAAGCCGAGCCGGCAGCGGCCGCUCCGAGAACAACGAGGGCCAUCUAGCGCCCGUCGGGCCAUCAUCAUCUUCUUCUUGUUCGCCCUCUCAGAUGUCCCCGGCGGGCGCGGGAGACGGUUCGCCGGCGGCGGUCGGGGCGGAGUCGGCGGGAGGGACGGUGGUGGCGGCGGCGGCGGCGGCGCGGCCGUUGUCAAGCCCUACCGCGGGGCUCGCGGCGGCGGCGGCCGCAUCCGCGCGACCGGCGGCAGACCGGCUGUUCGAGCUCACCAUCAAGUUUGUCGGCACGAUCGGGGUGAGCAUCCUGCGUCUGCGACGGCAGGGCUCGGAGGCGUUCUCGCUCCUCGCGCCGAGGAGCGGCGGUGGCGGGCUGGGUGGUUCUGGCCAGGAGGUGGUGAUGAUGGCCAGGAACGGUUCCGCUGCUCUCGGCAGCGUCGCUGCUGCCGCGCCAGGGCGAGGAACGACGGGAGAGUCAUCGGCGGGCAAGCGAGUCGUGUACGGCUCCCUGGAGCUGGAGAACGUCACCAAGGCGCUGCCGCUCGUGUACCGCUUCGCGCGGGGAGGGGACAACGCCGGUCCUGGCGACGGCAUCGUACUCUGCGACGACGUCGACGGUAAGGGCACGGAAGGCGGUACGGCGGCGGCGGCGGCGACUACGCACGAGGAGAGGAUCGCGGCACGACUCCGGCGGUUACCGGCGGGAUCGGCGGAGCUCGUGGUGCUCGCCGCCGGGACGGGCACGCUGCCGCCGGCGACCAAGAAGGGCGUCCGGUUCGGCGUCCUCCUCAACGGCUUUCAGGGUGUGUUCCAGCGGGACAUAACCGUGGAGAACAUCUCGUCCGGGAGCCUGGACGGGGCCAACCGCGCCAAGACGGACAGGGUCUCGCACCCGGUCCGACUCUUCGUGGACGACGGAGGCGUCGUGGUCAGCACGAACUCGCCUCCCUCUCUGGAGGCCCCGGAAGAGGUCAUCGCGCCGCCGCCUUCCGUGGCGAAGCGCCGGCUCUCGCAAGGGCCAUCGACCAUCUUCGAGCCCCUCGCGGAGAUGCAGGCCGCUGUUGUCGCAAAUUGCGGCGGGCAUGGAUCGUCGUCGUCGCCGGAGGCGGCGGGGCACCUGACGGACGAGAGCGGGCGCGCCUUGCCUUCUCUGGAGACCCUGCUCCUCCCGUACGCGGUGGCCGUCGCGCCAUGCCGGGCGGAGGCGGCGACCGCUGUCGUCGCGUACGGCGAGAGUUUCUCCUCGUCUCCCGGUUACUCCGGAGACGAGUACGGGCGGCAGCGGGGACCUCUCCUCCCCCCGGAGGAGGUCAGCCGUUUUCGCAUCCUGCCUCUCGUGGUGCCGCGGAAGGACGCCGGCGGUGGCGGUGGCGGUGGCGGCGGCCUGGACGAUCUCGGAGAGAUGCACGAGAUCGAGGAGUACCCCGAGGAAAAGGAGCCGACGGGGAGGCGGCGAGAGCAAGCGGGGGAUCUCGUGUUCCGCUUGACCAACGCCCGUGACCGCGCCGUCGUCCUGGCCCCGUACUCGAACCUGCCGGUCUGCGUGUCCACCUCGGUGGUGGAGACCGAAAACGCCGGCGGUGUAACGGGCGAGGUAGAGGAGGAGGCGGAGGAAGACGAACACGACGACGCAACGGCAGGCGUUUUCGUGUUCGACAGCAGCCCGGCGAAGGACGACGACAGAGACGAUAACGAAAGCAUCAACGGCGGCGGCGGCGGUGGCGGCGGUUUCCGUACGCUCGACUCGGUCGCGGGCGGCUGUGAGGCGGAGCAGGCCGCCUGCAGCGGCGGCGGCGGUAGCGCGGCGUCAGCCUCGGCUCUUCUCGGCGGAGAGAAGGUGCAGGAGGAGGAAGAGGGAGAGGAGACGCCGCGGGGUCCCUCUCUGACGAGGUGCGGGCCGGCGGUAAGCCUCCCCGCCCGGGCGACAGCGGUCGUCCGGCUGUGCAUCCGGACCGGCGAGCUCACGGCUCCGCUGCCGACCGCGGCGGUGGAGAGCGGUAAGGCGGUGGACUUCGACGGUAUCGUCGCCUUCGCCCGGAUCGGCGGCGCUUGUGCUUCCUCCGUGGCGGUGGGAAACGCGACCGCGGCUGCGGCAAGGGCGGGGCUGUACGAGCAGCAGUUCGGGGGGCGACGCGCAGCAGUACCUGGGGAUACGAGGGCGCUGUUCCUCCCCGAGCGGGUGUACUGCUGCGGCUCCGGAGCGACCACGGAUGGAGAGGAGGACGACCCGUCGCCCGAAGUCCGGGCGCCCCCGUUGGUGAAGCUCCUGAGGGCCGUCGGCACCUUCUGCCGACCCCGGUUCGAGGUCGUCGGCACCCCUAACGUGGACCUGGGGAACGUAGGCCACACCAAGUCUAGGCGCGGCCGGCGCCGCUUCGAGGUACGCCUCCGCAGCCUCUGCGACACCGCCGUGCCCGUCGGCAUGGUCGGGAUAUCUCCGGAGCUGGAAGUAGUGACCGAUGCCCACGGCGGCGGCGGCGGAGGCGACGGGCACAGCAGGGGAGGUGUGUACAAGGCGCUUGUCCCCCGGCGCAGCGCUGCUCUUCGACGAAACAGCAGCACGGCCAGCUUCAGCGACGCGAUGUCUGCUCGCGCGGACGGCAGCUGCGUGUUCCUGGGCGGCGGCGGCGGCGGCGGUAGCGUCGGCAGCGGCGGUGGCGGCAGCUUGUCGUCCUCCAGCAUGCGGGAAAGGGGCAGAGCGGCGGCGGCAGUGGACGGAGGGUGUACCGACAUGCUCUGGGUGCCGGCCAGAGGCGAGGCUACGCUCGUGGUCCAGCUCCGCCUCUCCCGCCGAAGGCAGAGCUGGGCGGGGUCCCAGACGUUCCGAAUAUCCCUGGUUAACUUGGCCGACCCGCACGCGGAGGAGAUCGCCGUGGACGUGUCAGCUCGCGUCGUGACCCAGCUGGUGAGCAUCAUCGGGCUCGACGAGCCUCCGCCCAGCCCUAUCUCGCUCCGUAUCUACAGCCCCGGGACUCCCACCCCGUCCCACCUGGGACCGUCGGCCAUUCGCCGGAGGGCGAGGUCCUCCUCCAUCGAAGCGUUCGGGUCGUUCGGAGCUUCGGAGGGGGGAUCCCUGAGGCUCGCGCCGCUGGCGAUCCCGCCGCUGCGCGGCGCCGCCGGCCGCUGCGCCGGUUCCUUCCAGCUGAAGAACGUGUCCGGCGAGACGGUGUCGGUGAUGCUCGGAGUGAUGCCGGCGCCGGAGGUGGCCGGGGUGCUCUCCCUCGGCGCUUCCAUGCAGCAGGACUCGUCGGCCGGCGUGUACGCCUCGGUCGGGGCCGACGGCCGGUCGUCUCCCGCCGUCGCGCUGCUCCCCGGCGACGUGCUCGACGUCCAGGCGGAGUGCCUGGCGCUCCCCGGCGCCCGCCUGCCGCCGGAACUUAUCCCGCCGCCGGAGCCCAACCUGGCGGAGGAGGGAGGGGGCACGGAGGCGGCCAUGUUCGGGGUACCGGCGACGUCGGACUGGGGCCAGCACAUGCGCUUGGUGGGCACGGUGCGCGUGGAGAUCGCGCUCGAGGACAGGGCGGGCGACCCGGACCAGCUUGACCUGGACGACGUUGCUCCCGGGGCCGGCGGCGGCGGCGGCGGCGGCGGCGGCGGCGGCGACGGCGGCAGCGGGCAGGAAGAAGGGGUGCUGGUGGAGUCGGUCGCCCUGGUCGGGUCUCUUGUCCCGGGACCCACGUUCGGGCUCUCGCACACGUCGGUCACCGUCGAGCUCCGCCCCCCUGACAGCGGCGGCGGCGGCGGCGGCGGGGACGGGGACGUGAAGUAUCCCUACGACCCGGAGGGCCCCGCCACCUUCUUCCUGGAGAGCUUCUCGCAGUCGCUGCGCCCCGUCCGCCUCAAGCUGGAGGGCGGCGGGCGGCUGUUCCUGGCCCGGGGCGUGCGCGUGCCCGCGGCGGAGGACGGGGGCGGGGGCCGGCGGCGGCCGGCGAGGGUGGCGCGAGCGGUGACCGCCAUCGCGGAGCCGUCGAGCCUGAUCGUCUCGGCGACCAAGAGGAGGGAGGUGGCCGUGAGGCUGAUAGCGGCAGUCGAGGAGCUGGAGGAGGAAGAGGGUAAAGGCGGCGGCGGCCAAGCGCGCGGGGCGGAGGAGGAAGGGGAGGAAGAGGACCGGUGCGACCUGUUCGUGAGGAUCACGGACGCGGACCACCCGGGGUACCCGCCGCAGGUGGUCUCGGUGCAGGUGGAGGUGCCCGCCGACGUGGUGGACCUGGAGAGCGAAGACAUGGGCGGCAUCAUCCUCCCCGGGAUGGCGGGGCCGGUCGUCGAGGACGCGCUUGCCGGCGGGGAGAGGGCUUCGAGAGGGAGCUACGGGCUGUCGAACGGCGGGGAGGGCGCUGAUGCUCUGGGGCGGAUGUCCUCCGACGAGUCGAGGAAAUCGGCGAGAGCGAGGACGUUACCCUGUACUUUAACCGCAGCCGUGUUGGAGUGUUUUCUACCUACAUGGUUGUCGAGAACCUCGCUAAUCCUGCCGACAUUAAGCGGCGGUGGUGACAAGACCGACGGCGUUGUUGGGGCAGGCAAGGGAGGCGGAAGCGGGGCGGGAGUUGGACAAGACUCGGGAGGCGGAGGUGGUACCGGCGGCGGAGGAGGAGGAGGAGGGGGACGGGAGCCCCUCGUGCUGGACUACGGGGACGUGUACGAGGGGAAGCUGUACCAGCGGCGGUCUUUCGUGAUCGUGAACCGCGCCGCGAUGCCGCUGGAGUUCCAGCUGUCGUCGUCCCUGCCGGCGUCCGAGCUGAACUUCUCGCUGUCGGCGGCGACCCUGAAGCAGUUCAAGUCGGUCCACGUUGAGGCCAAGACCAGCCUGCAGGUAUACGCUCACUACCGGCCCGUGGCAAAGUCGCCGGCCGCGGUUGCCAGGAAGGGGUCGCAGCGCGCCCUGGAUGUGUCGGCGGCGGCGGACGACCCGGGGAAGGAGGCCGAGGCUGUUACCGUCCGCGAACGGCUCAGUAUCACCUGCCGCCUGGUAAAAGACUUCCAGCAGGAGAUACAGCUCUUUGAGCACUUCAUGGUGUACAACCGCAGGCAUCCCACCGAGCAAUACCGUAUCAGCCUCAAGCUCACCUCGGGUGCUCUGCGGAUGUUCUUCCUGUCCCCUGGCUCGAAGAACGCCUACCCCUUCUGGACUCUAGAGGACAAGAUUACCACAUUCUUGCAGGCGUACAAGUGGAUGUGGAGCGAGUUCCUCGACCUCGAGCCGCAGCUGAACGCUGUGCUUCGGGAGCGAGAGAGAGGCGGCGCUGUCUUCAAGGAGUCGGGGUUGCUGGUUUUCCGGCGAGCGCUUGACCACCUCGACGCCGCCAUGAUUGCCGCGGGGGAGCCGAGGUCCAAGAUCUGCGGCACUCGUAGCAACAGCACCGGCGGCGUUGCGGCCACCUCCGCCGCUGUAGCGCGCUCCACGAGGCAAUGCAGCGAUUGCGGGGACGAGGGCGGCAGUUGCGGCGACGGUCGGGCUCUCUCUUCGUCCUCCGCCGAUGCCGCCGGUGACCCCGGACCGCUGGUGGCUGUCGCCCAGCAGUGCUCCCGGCUCAUCUUCGAGAUGUUCAACAUCACGGACGAGCUCCUGUUCUACGCCCUCAAGCACGAGGGUUUUCGUCGCCUUCGCCGCGCUGGCGCCAGAGGGGGGAGAAGACGGCGACGGGGCUCCCGUCUUCCUGCGGAGGUGGGGGGCCCACGUAACCCAUUUCCGGGGGUAUUUCCCGUGCCCCCAGGCCAACCCAAGAAUCUUCCCCUUGGGGGAGAGGAGGAGUUCGCUCGCCCCUUUUUUGGCCCCCCUCCCGCCGGGAGACAAGGGGGGGACGAGAGAGGGGGUCCCUAG